ACCUCUGAAGCCUUCAACAAUGGAAGCCUCAACCGCAGCAACCCCUUACACUCCGAAAUCGACGAACCGGAAUCCCCAAACUCCGACCCAAAGCCCAAUAACAGCGCCUUCGUCACGGCUGUGGAGGCCCACAGCGCAGCGGAACCUGAGAAACCAAUGGUCCAAGUUAGCUUCGUUGCGACAGGAAUGGGAUUCUGCUUCUUCCAACGGAAGAGCAAACGCCACGUCGCUCGUCAACGCCUACCUUUCCAUCAAGUACAUGGGUUCAAGGGAGUUGGGGGUUCUCAGUGAAAUGCCGGAUAUAGUAAACAAGGCUUCCCAGAAAUUGCUUAAGCAACAGGAACUUCAUCGCAGCAAGCUUUUAUCCUCGUAUAAGGACAUGGUGUCCGUGGUAGCUAAAAUGGUCAAAACUAGUAGAUCCAUGAGAUGCUUCGUCAAAGGGUCAAGCAAUAGUCCACUUUUACAAUUUUCUGGGUAUUCAGAAUGUAAUAAUGAUCCUGGAGAUGGUGGUGGGAUUCCAGUCUUCACAUUUUGGUCGAUCUCUUGCUUUGAGAAAGUGGCAGAGGAGCUUGUUCAUAUGCUUGUAUUGGAACUAAAUUUGAAGCGGUUGCUUGUGGUGGACUUACUGUCGGUUAGUGGCAGACUUCCAAUGGCUAACAGUUUGCAUUGGUCUGAAGAGCUAUAUCCAGGAGAAUUUGGUGAUUUGAGUAUGUGCAACUUAAUAUCUGAGGAAACUUGUAAACCAAUCUAUCCAAGAUUGCAUGGUCAGAAAUCUGAUAGGCCAGCUAUUCAACAUAACCAGCAGCCAGAUCAUGAUGUUUUGCAGGUGUAUCUAACAACAUGGCUCGUAGAGGUGAACAUAGAUACUCAAAGGGUGGAUGAAAUAUUCGCGGAAGUUGGGGAGGAACUGCACUGUAAGCUUUCAUGAGCAGAGUUAUGAACAGAGUGCGUGUUUAUUUUUCUCAUAUCUGAUACUGGUUCAGUGCCUGGAAGGUCGAAUGAUUCUUGAGAAUUCUUGAAACUGGACUUUGCGCAAGUCCAGAAUCACGGACUAUGAAUUCUUGAAACUGGUAAAGCGUGUACCAAACGGGAGUGCAAACUGAAGUAUUCAUAACUUUGGUUGAUGAAUUCGCAUGCUUUUGCUUAGGACAACUUCUCAAAAUUAGUUUAGUUAUACUCUCACGCUCAUUUUGGACUUUCUAACCUUUUGCAUCAUUUAUAUAACUCGCUGUAAAGAGAAAAAGGUAGAUGGUGCUUCCA